AUGUUGCACCACCACUGCCGGAGGAACCCCGAGCUGCAGGAGGAGCUGCAGAUCCAGGCCGCGGUGGCCGCCGGCGACGUGCACACCGUGAGGAAGAUGCUGGAGCAGGGCUACUCCCCCAACGGCCGCGACGCCAACGGCUGGACGCUGCUCCACUUCUCCGCGGCCCGCGGGAAGGAGCGGUGCGUCCGGGUCUUUCUGGAGCACGGAGCCGACCCCACGGUCAAGGACCUGAUCGGCGGCUUCACGGCGCUGCACUACGCCGCCAUGCACGGCCGGGCCCGCAUCGCCCGCCUCAUGCUGGAGUCCGACCACCGCGGCGACAUCAUCAACGCCAAGAGCAACGACGGCUGGACGCCCUUGCACGUGGCCGCCCACUACGGCCGGGACUCGUUCGUGCGGCUGCUGCUGGAGUUCAAGGCCGAGGUGGACCCGCUGAGCGACAAGGGCACCACGCCGCUGCAGCUGGCCAUCAUCCGGGAGCGCUCCAGCUGCGUGAAGAUCCUGCUGGACCACAGCGCCAACAUCGACAUCCAGAACGGCUUCCUGCUGCGCUACGCCGUCAUCAAGAGCAACCACUCGUACUGCCGCAUGUUCCUGCAGCGCGGGGCCGACACGAACCUGGGCCGGCUGGAGGAUGGCCAGACGCCGCUGCACCUGUCCGCGCUGCGGGACGACGCGCUGUGCGCCCGCAUGCUCUACAGCUACGGCGCCGACACCAACACGCGCAACUAUGAGGGCCAGACGCCCCUGGCCGUGUCGCUCAGCAUCUCCGGCAGCGGCCGGCCCUGCCUGGACUUCUUGCAGGAGGUCACACGGCAGCCCCGCAACUUGCAGGACCUGUGCCGAAUCAAAAUCCGGCAGUGUAUAGGCCUUCAGAACCUAAAGCUACUUGACGACCUGCCCAUUGCCAAGGUCAUCAAGGACUACUUAAAACAUAAAUUUGACGGCAUCUGA